UAUUAUAAUAUUCUAACUUUAUAAAUUUUUUUAUACUAUAAUAUAUUACAAUCAUUUUGCUCAGUUUUUAUUUCAUUCUCUUAUUUUUCUAGUUUAUUAUGAUGGAUUGAAAAGAUUGUUUACCUCAAUAUAUGCUACUCACUGCCUAUAUAAGCUAUAAUUUGGAAUAAAAUGUUGAGAAUAGGACAGACAGUGGCGGAUGUUAGCCUAAAGACGACAGUUGGUGAAUUUGGGGUACACGAGUAUUUCAAAGACAGCUGGGGUUUAUUAGUAUGUUAUGUAGCUGAUUUUUCUGCUGUAUGUACUGAUGAGCUGAGUCAAUUGGUAAAAGACUUUCAUGAAUUUGAAUCUCGAGGUAUAAAAAUAUUGGCUAUGUCUUGUGAUUCUAUUAAUUCUCACGCUAAAUGGAUAGAGGACAUAAAAAAAGUGAGCGGAUUAAAACAUGAAGAAGAAUUUCCAUUUCCAAUUGUAUCAGAUCGUAAUCGUAUGAUUUCCUUAUACCUGAAUGUAUUAGAUGCAAAAUGCUUGGAUGAAGACGGUAUACCUUUACCUUGUAGAGCAGCAUUUGUUUUGGCUCCUGACAUGACCAUACAACUUAUACAUUUUUACCCUCAAAACAUUGGACGUAACUUUGAUGAAAUCUUUAGAACUAUUGAUGCUUUACAGCUGACUUUCAAAUUCAGCAACGACUUACAUACUCCUUGCGGAUGGAAAGUUUCCAGUCACGGAUUGUUUGAUAUCGUCUAAAAUACCUAAAGAUGAAAUUGAAAAAAAAUUUCCUUUAACUACAAUUAUUGAAUUACCAUCAGGAAAAGAUUAUAUGCGCAUUGUCUCAAAAAUAGAGGUCAAUAGAAAAUACGAAAAAUAAAAAUUAAUGUAUUUCAAAAUUUUAAAGUUGCCCUAUAUAACUGUAUUAUACAAUUUAUCUGAAUAUUUUUUUAUUAAAAUUUAUUUAUUCUUAAAAAUAAA